UGGUCUCUACAGCAGGUGGCAUUGGUGGCACGCCAAGCAUUUUUGGUCAGAGUAAUUUUGGACAAAUGUCUGCCAAUCAGAGCCCGACACUUGCACUACCACAGUCCAUUACRAAUCCUUUUGGUACUCUACCAGCAAUGCCUCAGAUGUCAAUUGGUYGUGCUGGGACUGCACCUUCAAUUCAAUAUGGAAUUUCUAGCUUGCCAGUUGUUGACAAACCUGCUCCGAUAAGGAUAUCAUYUGUGUUGACUUCUCGACAUCUUUCUCAAAGGAGGAUUAGGUUGCCUGCAAGGAAAUAUCACCCGAAAAAUGAUGGUCCAAAGGUCUCAUUUUUCAGUGAUGAGGAAGAGACUACCAGCACACCCAAGGCAGAUGCUCUUUUCAUUCCUAGGGAGAAUCCACGGGCAUUGGUUAUCCGCCCUUUGGAACAAUGGCCUGGGAAAGGUUCUAUGGAGAAACCAAAAGAUGCAUCUUCUCCUGCACAAGCUAAUGGUGCAUAUACUGAGUUGGCUUCUACCACUCAUCUAAAUGGUCCCUCAGUAGAUAAUGGAAACAGAAAUCAUUCUGAAAAUGGCGUUGUGAAGGAACAAACUACUCCUGUUAAGAUAAGCCACAAAGUGAACGGUGUACAGGAGGAUCAGUCCGUGCCAAAAUCGGAUUCUUACAUUACUUUAACUGGUCACAGAGCUGGGGAGGCAGCAAUUGUUUACGAACACGGAGCUGAUAUCGAGGCACUUAUGCCAAAACUUCGUCAUUCAGAUUACUACACGGAGCCUCGGAUUCAGGAAUUGGCAGCCAAAGAGCGCGCCGAACCAGGUUUCUGUCGUCGUGUAAAGGACUUUGUAGUUGGGCGUCAUGGUUUUGGAAGCAUCAAAUUUCUUGGGGAAACAGACGUGAGACGCCUGGAGCUUGAAUCUCUUAUCCAAUUCAAUCAUCGUGAAGUGAUUGUUUACUUGGAUGACACCAAAAAACCGCCAGUUGGACAAGGGCUUAACAAGCCGGCCGAAGUGACACUUCUGAACAUAAAGUGUUACGACAAAAAAACAGGCCGCCACUUCACCGAGGGACCGAGAAUCGAGAAAUAUAAGGAAAUGCUGAAAAAGAAAGCGGAGGACCAAGGUGCGGAAUUUGUGUUGUAUGAUCCGAUUAAAGGGGAAUGGAAGUUUCGGGUUAACCAUUUCAGCGGGUACGGGCUCAAAGAUGAAGACGAUGAUGACGACACUGAUACUGGUACGAGUACUGGUACCGAGACAGAUGCUGAUAUCGCAAUCGUGCAGGCGGAAUGAUAUAAGUGGUUUGUGGUACGUGGUUAUCGGGUUCCGUUGGCCUGCUUCUAAGUGCUGGUUUGUAUAGAGUUGGUAUUGUGGUAUAUGUACAACCCAGUGGUUGUGGUAGGCUGCGUACAAACUUCUGUUAUUGUGGUUUGACAGCAUACGAUUAAAUGAGUUCUUGUUAUUGUUUUUCUUCUUCUGAUUUUUGUUAUCGGUUGUACGGUCAAUCUGAAAACGUUGGUCAUGGUUCUAAUCGAUGGUUAUUUUUGCGUCUUUUUUUUAUU